ACAGCAUCACCCUCAGGAGCUAUUAUAGUUCGGUAAAUCCGGAGCGAAAUCGUUUUUAACCGUUUUUCAAAAACAAACAAAAAGAUCCUUUCAAGAUGACGACUUUCUAAAUUCUACAAAAAAAGUUGUAAAUUACAAACAAGUUGAGGUCAUACAGAGAAUGCAGUAUAUUUUAUACUUACUUUUAUAUAUUAUUUUAUUACCAUCAACAUCAACAUUUUCUUUAAACGAUUCUAACAACGAAGGAAAAACUUGGAAAUGCGAUUGUGACAACUCAACGGAUCAGUUAAAUCAAUGCAGAUGUUAUGGAGAUGGUUUAAUUAUUCCCGAUGAUUUAGGAAAUAAUUUUUCGAGUUUAGUAAUUACUCAUAGCGAUAUACAAUCAAUUAAACGAGAUGAUUUUCAACCAUAUAAACUAUGGCUCGGUGAAGUAAUAUUAAGUAAUCUCCACGGAUUACGAACGAUCGAGAGUGGUUCAUUCAGGGAUAUGCCAGAACUCAAGACUUUGUACAUCGUUGAAGCGCGACAGUUAAAAUUUUUACCAGGACUUCUUGAAGGCGUCACAUCAACGCGAUUUUUCAUUUUAAGAAUAGCCCAAACUGGAUUAAUUGAAAUUCCAGAUUUAUCUCACUUACACAACGAUAUUAUAUUACAUUUAAUUGAUUUGGAUAAUAAUAAAAUUGAAAAGUUAGCGGCCAAUUCCUUUAAAGUAAAUGCCGAACAAGCAACCUUAAACUACAAUCAAAUAACGACAAUAGAAAAUUUUGCAUUCAAUGGCUCGCAAAUUGCAAAUUUAAAUCUUAAAGGAAACAUCAACCUAAAAGAUCUCCACAAAAACUCUUUUGCGGGUUUAAAAAGUUUAAGGCGAUUAGACCUCUCAGAAACGUCGAUUAAAAGCCUUCCGGUGAACGGUUUAGAAGAGCUGGAGAAAUUGAAAAUCGCAAACACUCCAACUUUGAAAAUUAUUCCAAGUAUCCAUGAUUUUCCGCAUCUUCAAGAGGCUUAUUUAACCCAUCAUUUUCAUUGUUGUGCUUUUAAAUACCCCGAACAGCACAAUCCUGAACGUCACGCUCAAUUUGAACAACAACUGCAAGAGCAAUGUAAAGACGGCGUUCCUAAAAAUGAAGAUACCGAUCCCAAGAUACAACCUACUGUACGAAAAAAGCGAUCAGCACUUGAAAAUAUUGGAUUUUGGCACGAUUCUUUGAGAUCUCAUCGUGAAUCUGAUUAUUCAGAUAGCGUAGAAGAUGAUUUGACAUGGUUUACAGCAAAUUUCAGCGAUUUAAAACCUUUAAGAGGUAGUGCGAUUGAAACGGAAGUUUAUAAAGUUUCGGAUGAUCUUAAUGAUGACGUGGGAAAUUUUCAUAGUUCUUCAGUUGAUGUAUCAAAUGGAAAUCCGGUUUUAGUUUCAUGUGGAAAUCUUUAUAAACGAUCAAGUCCUGUUCAUUGUUAUCCAGAACCAAAUGCUUUAAAUCCUUGUGAAGACAUCAUGGGUUCAUCAUAUCUUCGCAUAUCGGUAUGGUUUGUAGUUAUUCUCGCUGUAAUGGGAAAUUUAGCUGUGAUAGUGGUUGUACUCUUCAGUGGCGGUGAAAUAACAGUUUCACGAUUCUUAAUGAGUAACUUAGCGUUUGCUGAUUUUUGUAUGGGUUUAUAUUUACUGUUAAUUGCGAGUAUGGAUUUUCAUUCAGUUGGAAGUUAUUUUAACUUCGCUUUUGAUUGGCAAUAUGGAAUUGGAUGUCAAAUGGCUGGGUUUUUAACAAUGUUUGCGAGUCAACUUUCAAUUUUUACACUUACCGUUUUAACCGUUGAAAGAUGGUUUGCUAUUGCUUAUGCUAUCUAUUUAACGAGAAGGAUACGAUUAGGAGUUGCGGCUAAAAUUAUGGUUGCAGGAUGGUUGUAUUCGAUAUUAAUGGCUGCUAUACCGUUAAUGGGUGUGAGCAAUUACAGUAGCACAAGUAUUUGUCUACCAAUGGAAGUAAACAGACCAAUUGAUAAAGCUUAUUUAAUCUCAUUAAUGAUUAUAAAUGGAUUAGCAUUUACAUUAAUCGUUUUUUGUUACGCACAAAUCUACUUCAGUCUCGGCUAUGAAACAAGAAGAUGUUCGACGAAAGGAGAAAUGACGAUUGCUAAAAAAAUGGCUUUAUUAGUAUUUACUGAUUUUGUAUGUUGGGCACCAAUUGCUUUCUUUGCAUUAACAGCUUUAGCUGGUUAUCCAUUGAUUGGAGUAACAAGGUCGAAAAUUCUUUUGGUGUUUUUCUAUCCAUUAAAUUCAUGUGCAAAUCCUUAUUUGUACGCGAUUAUGACAGCACAAUACAGAAAAGAUUUUUUUUUGUUAUUAUACAGAUGUGGUAUUUGUACAAAUAAAGCUAAAAAAUAUGCUUUAAAUUCUUCCAUUCCAGUUACCAAUCAUACUCAUCCAUUACCAUUAUUAACUAGAAAUAGUCAACAUAGUAUAAAAGCGAAUACCAAUGAAGACGUUUUUGUGUGAAAGUUAAUUCUCAUUUAUAUAACAUAAGUAUUAUUAUUUUUUUAUAGUUUUUAAUAUUUAUUUACAAUUAUUUACUUUU